AUGGGCACUGUUUUAUCAUUCAGUCCCAGGGAGAGGCGUGGAUCUGUUUAUCCGCCGAGCCAGCAAGACUUUACCUUGAACAAUUUCAAUUAUGAGCAGCUGAACAAUGUCAAAAAUAGGGAGAACAAAAGCAGUGUCUCGACGAUGGCGUCUCUGCCUCCAACGAAUCAUCCUCCAACGAAUAAUAAUUCGCUGCAGAAUAAUAACAUUAAUUUAAAUAAUAAUGACAAUGCGAGGAUCAUCUCGGAGAAGAAUGCCUUGGAAAAGAAUCUCAAGAAGCAUUCGCUCUUCAUCAAUGCACUCUCUUGGAAACGGUUUAGCACAUCAAACAAUAACAAGAAGAAGCUGGAUAACAAGAAUAAGAACAUUACGUUCAGACAGCCUCUUGAUAACAUUCCUAUUGUGGACAAAAACAAGAAUAUCCAGACGCCUCAGACGAAGGCGCCGGCCUCUAACAACAAUCACACGACGCACAACCCCACGUGCGAGAAAUUGGUGCAGAAAUCCUUGCCAACUGGACCUAGAAAGACUGUAAUCCAAGCAUCGACCUCGGAAUUGCUAAAGUGCCUCGGCCUUUUUUUGCACAAUAAAUGCACCAGACUGCGAGACUUCCAGGCAGGUGACGCCGUCAUGUGGCUCAGAACCGUCGACCGAAGUUUACUCCUUCAAGGCUGGCAGGACUCGUUGGAUUACAGUAGGACUCAUCCGACUAUAGUAGGACUCGUCGCAUCGAAAUCCUCAGCGGGGAGUAGUCCCCACCAGUGA